AUGAAAUCAGAAGCAUCUGAAACGAACUACGAUUGGCUUGAUCUCGGCACGGAACCUUUUCGGAAGGGUUCCCGUCUCGGCAAAGACCCUGAAGUGACAACUUCACUUUCAGCUGAUGAAAACUCUAUCAUUCAUCCCGUUGAAGUCGAAAAUGGUCGCGUCAACACGAACAACGGUCGCGUCAACCCUCUAUUGGUCCCAGACGCAGAAGCUCCAGUCACCAACGCCGCGACUACCGCGCCCAUGCAAGAUUUCGCUGUUCGAAUCGCCGCGACGCAAGCUCCACAUCACCAAAGGCGGACGAGUUAUCCCUACUGGACGAACCCUUUUCCAGACGACGAUAAGAAGCAUCACGACAACAGGCUCUAA